AUGACGACCACUAGUUCCGUCGCAGCGUCCAACUCGCACCCGAUCGAGGAGACGCCAUUUGCACGUUCAGCUUCAGAGGCGCGUCUUGACGUGCACCGUCGCUGUUCAUUGCCCAAAAUAACCGGUCGAAAGCUCCGUAUACCGCGGAAGUUUGUCGUGACGGACGUAUCGGACGAAGAGCUGGACAUGCACAAGUUAAGUACAGGACUCAGCACCAUUUCGGGCACCUCUGAGCCUUUACGAGACGAUAAUGACGAGGCUCCUAGCCCGAGUUGUGAUAAUAGUGAAGACCUGUCGGCGUCCAGCUCGUCUGCUCGCAAAGGCAAGACCCAAGUAAGAGGCCGGUUCACGAUCACGGAUUUGUCCCCUGAGUCCAUAGAAGAACCUUUGGGAUGCUGCAAGAACCUGGCAGCUUCAUCUGGACCGAUGCCUCUGCAGACAGUCAAUGGCGCGUCACGACGUCCGUCGAAGAGAAUGAUCAGUCGGAAACCGUUCCAGUCAGCGGGUGACGUCCGGCCAUUGAUGGGGAUAAGCACGAACCCGGGUCUUUCGCCGCCGCCGCAGCAGCCCGAAGGCCCGCCUGUGUUUGCAUCGUUCCAGUGCCCUGCAGCUUCGUCGCCGCCGUCACGCCAUACGCGUGCGGCGUCGAUCACGUGUCCGAUGACUAAUCAGGUCAGCUGUCGUGACAGUCCGCCCCCGACGGUAUUUGAUAAUCAUUUAGAGUACCUGGAGAGAGAGACGUUUGAGAUGAAGUCGGUUCUGGAGACAAUGGUGGCAACAAAUGCACAGUGGAUUGAAACACUCACCUCAGCUGGUUUGGUGCGUCGCUGUGGUGGCAGGAAUGAAGAGAUCUCGGUUUCCGAGUCGAUUGCAUCAGUGGUGCCUUCCCUUGAGAAGAAGUAUUGUGAUAUGGAGAAGGCGUACACGGAACUGCAGAUUAGUUAUGAGGCUGUGUGCCAAAAGAGUGAGCGGAUGGAAGUGAAGAACGCCAUGCUAGAAAUACGACUGCAGCAGCAGAGCAACCACUCAACGAUGCUACGAUCGCAGCUUGAUAAGCUGACUGAGUACACGGAGAAGUUACUCGGCGAGUCGUCGGAGCCUACUUUGCACGACUAUAGCUCGGAUUUGACCUCGAUCUUUGGCGAACAAUCUGAAGCUCACUCCCCUACUGCGGAUGGGUUGGCGGGCAGCGGUGACUCUAGGUUCAACUAUGAUGAUGUCAAGUGCCGACAGCAGCGUCGGCGUGAUAUGGAUGAGGAGUGUAUGUCGGACUCGGGCACCGAAGACGACUCGUUCCGCAAGACGUCGUCGCUCCCGCCCUACCAUCAGAGUAAUGAUAGCAGUCGGUACUUUAGCAACAUGGAUCUCACGACCGCCGACCUCUCAUCUAAGAAUGAUCGUGGUAGUUCUGCGGCGCUGGACUCGCUGCUGAAUGACCAGGUGGACCAACUACGCCAGUCUUUACGCUUUCGGGAUAAGGCGGAUGGUGAUGAGCCAGUGUCUGUUAUUGGCUCGCUGGAUUCCAUGGCUGUUUGUCCAUCAGUCUCGAAUGUCGUGGGGCCUUAUGGCGACGAUGCGUACGAUGGGACUAGCCAGAUCGGCCACUCUUGUCUGCUGCCGAGCAAGGCAAAAGAUGGCGAUGUGCUCAAGCACCGCAACUCGCUGACAUCACUCAACUAUUUAACUGUAUCGUCGACUUCAUCAUUGGCCAGCUAUGGUCUCCACCUGGCAACGAUGGCGCAGUCGAAAGCUGGUUACUACGCUAGCAUCGCUGCCACGAGCUUGUUUGGUCCGCACCCUGAGCCGUGUUCGAACGCCUCAACCCAGCAGCCGGAUCCUCAAGAUGACGAGACCGUGUACAACGUGCUCAGCCCGGAGAAUCUGCUUUUCCACGAUUGCCAGUCUUUGCUUCAAGCUGCAGAAGAGAGGAGAGCACAAAACUCGAGCUCGCACCGCGGCUUCCUCUUUGCGUUCAGCAAGAAGGCGACAUCUUUGUUGGGGGCGAACGAAGUCCCCGAAUCGGCUGAACCAGGUGGCGGUUUGUUCCAGCGGUUUUCCGUGCGGCGGCGAUAG